AUGAAGCUAAAGAUAAAGACUGAGCAUUUUGGAAUACCUGAUGAUGAGUACUACUCAAUUGUGAGUGGGCCGUCAAGAAGUCGAUUCAUUCAUCCAUGUUUCACCUACUUUUCUCCCUCACUGAUUGCUCGGAUUGGCAGACUUAAGAAAGGCAAAGCUGAGGAUUCCCAUUGCAAAGUUAAGGUGAACUACUUAGCUCUCAAGCAUUUCAUAACCCGCGCUCAGCUCUUCUUCACAAGAGUUAUGUGA